AUUAUGUUCGCAUAACUAAUAAUUGAGAGAUGGUAAGCAAGUGCGGUUUCGUGAGUGUUGUAUGGGCAUUAUUGGUAUUAACCAUCUUCUAUAAUCCAACCAUCGUCUACGCCGGCGAGGGUGUUCCGGAGGUAGCGCUGUUCGCUUUCGGAGACUCGUCUUAUGACGCCGGAAACGCAGCGUUUAUAAGCACAAACAAAGGCCAACCACAAUUCAAUUGGCCUUAUGGCAAGUCCCGUGACGAUCCUAACGGCAAGUUUUCAGAUGGCCACAUCGUCACCGACUUUAUUGGCGACUUCAUAUCUAUACCUGAUGGAAUCCCGCCAGCGCUAAACCCGGGAGCUAAUCUUUCACGUGGGGCUAGUUUUGCCGUCGCCGAUGCUUCUAUCCUUGGGGCUCCGGCAGGAUCUAUGACACUGAAUCAACAAGUGAAUAAGUUCAGAACUAUGAAAUCGACUUGGACCGACGACUACAUUGAGAAAUCACUCUUUAUGAUAUACAUCGGUAUGGAAGAUUAUCUGAACUUCAGCAAGACCAAUCCUAGUGCAAACGACCCUUCUGCUCAACAAGCUUUUGUCAUUUCCGUCACGAACAAACUAAAGAAUGACAUCGGCUUGUUAUACUCCCUGGGAGCAAGUAAGUUCAUGGUUCAGUUACUAGCACCGUUGGGUUGUUUACCGAUCGUCAGACAAGAACAUGGAACCGGCAAUGAUUGUUACCAGCAACUCAAUGAUUUGGCCAAUCAACACAACGACAAGAUCGGUCCAAUGUUGAACCAGUUUGCAAAAACAUCCCCCGGUUUUCAGUUCACCGUCUUCGAUUUUUACAACGCCAUCAUUCGCAGGACACAGAGAAAUAGAAACUACCGAUUUUACGUGGCGAACUCAUCAUGUUGCGGUGUUGGGACGCACAAUGCGUACGGUUGUGGGAUGGGGAACGUGCACUCAAAGCUAUGUGAGUACCAAAGAUCGUACCUCUAUUUCGACGGACGUCACAACACAGAGAAGGCACAAGAGGAAUUUGCUCAUCUAGCGUAUGGAGCCAACACUAACGUGGUCCAACCCAUGACGAUCCGUGAGUUAAUUGUCUAUCCAGCUGGACAGAACAUGCUUGACGUUUGGGUGCCUAACUUGUUGUCUUCAAUCCGUCGUCGUCCAUCUACCUAUUACUCCCACCAGCCUGAUUCCCACAUCGGUUUCUCAGCUUACUAA